CCCAAUUUUUGAGUUUUGUUACCCUCACUGCUCGACUCUGUCCAAUCUGUGGCAACGCAUUCGAUCGCCACGGCCCAAUCGGGCUAGUGGCGGCUACUUUUUGACGGGCAGUGGAAACGGCACUGGCACUGCCGCCUCGUCGGGCGCCAACAUCAGCCUUACACCCACAACCGCAUAUUGGACCAAUGCUGAUGGCAGUAUACAGGGUGGUGUGGCUCCCUAUGGUGUUGAGACAUUGUCCUCCAACGAGUGCAUAAUUAAUGUAACAGAGGCCGAUAAGGAUUUUGCGAUUAGGGCUUUUGACAUAGCUAAGCCGGCCACAAUCAUCACCACAACCUGUGGAACGGAUAGCGAAGACGACGAGGACGAGGACGACGACGGCGACGGCGACGAAGAGGACAAACACAAUGGCACGGAGGGCAGUGAUAGUGACAGCGUCAACGAAGAUGAUGAAGAUGGCCCCAAUGAUGAUGAGGAGCAACGUCGCUUAAGGAAAUAUUUCCGUGGAUAUUUUGCCAGGCACAUUCAAAAAAACAACAAUAACAACAACAUAAAUACCAUUUACAAUAACAGCAGCAACAACAGCGCCUCUACGGGCGCCAAAACCAAGCCAACAACUCUACUAAGAGCCCCAGAAGUGAAAAUCAUACCAGCACCAGCAACACCAACAACACCCAAUCAACUGGGGCCCUCGUCUCCAGUGGCUAUAGCAUAUAACGGUACAUCACCAACAACAACAACCACAAGCACCACCACCAAAAUGAUUGCUCCUCGCUAUCGUUUUCGCGAUUUACUUCUAGGCGAUUUCUCCUUUAAUGACGAUGGUGAAAGAGUACGUGUGGAAUACUAUGUAAAUGAAAAUACAUUCAAAGAAAGACUGCAACUAUACUUCAUUAAGAAUCAGAGAUCAAGUUUACGCAUACGAAUAGCCGAUUUAUUUUUUAAGUUAUUAGCGUGUGUUUUGUAUAUAUUACGUGUGAUAACGGAUACAGAUCCAACAUAUGCCACAUGUUAUGGCUGUACGGUUAGCAAUAAAACGGAAUUUUUAGCAUCAGCACAGUUAACCGAGGAGGAGUUUCAGGAGAAACCCAUUAUCAAUUGGGAGGCGAUACUGUGGGUAAAUCGUCCCGCAGUGUUAUGGGCUGUUCAAUUAAUUUUAGCUUUAGUCUCACUAACGGAAGCCGUACUAUUAACAUAUUUAGGCUAUAAGGGAAAUAUAUGGCAACAAAUUCUUUCGUUUCAUUUUAUAUUAGAAUUAAUUACGACAAUACCUUUUGCAUUAACGAUAUUAUGGCCACCUCUAAGAAAUUUAUUUAUACCCAUUUUCCUAAAUUGCUGGCUGGCCAAACGUUCAUUGGAGAACAUGUUCAACGAUUUACAUCGAGCCAUGCAAAAAUCACAGUCCGCCUUGUCACAACAAUUGACAAUACUGUCUGCCACAUUGUUGUGUUUGGUCUUCACCAGCGUUUGUGGCAUACAACAUUUUCAACGUGCCGGUCAUCGCCACUUGAAUUUAUUUCAAUCCACCUACUAUGUGGUGGUCACCUUUUCGACGGUGGGCUACGGUGAUUUUGUUCCCGACAUUUGGCCAUCACAAUUGUACAUGGUCAUUAUGAUAUGUGUGGCACUAAUUGUUUUACCAACACAGUUUGAACAAUUGGCCUUCACCUGGAUGGAACGUCAAAAGUUAGGCGGCAGCUAUUCCUCACAUCGUGCCCAAAGCGAAAAGCAUGUGGUGGUGUGUUCAACAACCUUGCAUGCGGACACCAUUAUGGAUUUCCUCAAUGAAUUCUAUGCCCAUCCCCUGCUGCAGGACUACUAUGUGGUGCUACUAAGUCCCAUGGAAUUGGACACAACGAUGCGUAUGAUAUUGCAGGUGCCAAUAUGGGCUCAGCGUGUCAUUUAUAUACAGGGAUCCUGUUUAAAGGAUGGCGAUUUGGCGCGGGCACGCAUGAAUGAGGCUGAGGCCUGUUUCAUAUUGGCCGCACGCAACUAUGCCGAUAAGACUGCUGCGGAUGAGCACACGAUAUUGCGUUCGUGGGCUGUUAAGGAUUUCGCUCCCAAUGUGCCGCAAUAUGUGCAGAUAUUCAGACCCGAACAUAAGCUUCAUGUUAAAUUCGCUGAACAUGUUGUGUGUGAGGACGAAUUUAAAUAUGCUUUGUUGGCAAAUAACUGUACAUGUCCCGGUGCCAGUACAUUAGUGACACUCCUGUUGCAUACAUCACGGGGCCAGGAAGGCCAACAAUCACCCGAAGAAUGGCAUCGCUUAUAUGGCAAAUGUUCAGGCAAUGAAAUUUAUCACAUAGUCCUGGGCGAUAGCCGUUUCUUCGGCGAGUAUGAGGGCAAAAGUUUUACCUAUGCCAGUUUUCAUUCACAUCGAAAGUAUGGCGUGGCCUUGGUGGGUGUGCGUCCUGCCCACUUACCCGAAUUCUAUGAGGAUACAAUUCUUUUGAAUCCUGGCCCCCGGCAUAUAAUGAAGAAGGAUGACACCUGCUAUUACAUGAGCAUUACAAAGGAAGAGAACUCCGCAUUUGUGGUUAAUCAAAAUCAACAAAAUCAAAAUGCGGAUCCCAAUGCGGCAAAGGAGAAUGCAACAACAACAUCAUCAUCAUCAUCGCACACGGUCCCCAUACCAUCCGUUUGUGUACGUGUGCCCCAUAGUACUAGUUAUGAUGCGGUGGGGGGUGGCCCCGACCUCUCCGCCGCAGCCGCUGGCGCGUUAACCACCACUAACACCACCACCACCAACACCACCAUUAUCACCACAACCACCAUGAAUAUGCCCACCAUAGAACGGCAUAGCUCCGAAUGUGAUUUUACAACACUGUUUGUGCCAUCGGAUAAUCCUACAUCUGUGAUAAUCUCAGAUUCCAAACAGAAUCUCAAAGAUACUGCGGUAACAUCGACUAAUGCAACGCAAACACCUGCAGCAACGACUACAACCACUGUCACAACCACCAUCCCCUUGGGUCUGGGCGGCGGAGGCGGCCUUGGCGGCGGGGGUGGUGGUGCUAGUUCUUUACAUGGUAGCUUAGGAAAUACUUUGGGCAUAGGUGGUGGUAGUUCGGGCUGCGGUGGCGGUCUGACCAUAGGCACCACCUCACUGACCACAGGCAAUCACUUGGAUGUGCCGCAAUCGGGUAAUCCCAAUUUGUUGAGUCCGGAUAUUCUGAAUCAGAGAAGAGGCAGCCGUAGACCUUCAAUAUUACCUGUGCCUGAUAUGUUCACCUCCUCAUCAUUCAGUAUAUCCGGCAAUGAUGAUGGCGAUGAGGGUGAUGAAAGUGAUGAUGAAAUCGAUGAUGAUGUCCCUUGGCGUUCACCAUCCGAGAAAAUAGCUACUGCGAAUAAAACGUUGUUGUGCAUCCCCCACAUAGAUACCCCACCCAAAACACACCACACCACAUCUAGCAUCGUUAAAGGAUUUCCGCCGGUAUCACCGUUUAUUGGUGUUAGUCCUACGCUCUGUUAUUUGCUCAAGGAAAAGAAGCCUUUGUGUUGUCUGCAGUUGGCACAGGUUUGCGAACAUUGCAGCUAUCGCAAUGCCAAGGAGUAUCAAUGGCAGAAUAAGACCAUCAUUUUGGCUGCCGAUUAUGCCUCGAAUGGAAUUUAUAAUUUCAUCAUACCUCUGCGGGCCCAUUUCCGCUCAAAGACCUCUUUGAAUCCCAUAAUUUUGCUGUUGGAACGAAGACCGGAUGUGGCAUUUUUGGAUGCUUUAUCAUAUUUUCCAUUGGUUUAUUGGAUGUUGGGUUCCAUCGAUUGCUUAGAUGACCUGCUUAGAGCUGGCAUUACUCUGGCCGAGAGUGUGGUGGUGGUGAAUAAGGAGCUAUCGAAUUCAGCCGAAGAAGACUCUCUAUCAGAUUGUAAUACAAUUGUGGCCGUUCAGACAAUGUUCAAAUUCUUUCCCAGCAUAAAAAGCAUAACUGAGUUGUCGCAGAGCUCUAACAUGCGUUUCAUGCAAUUUCGAGCUCAUGACAAAUAUGCUUUGCAUUUAAGUAAAAUGGAAAAGCGAGAAAAGGAACGUGGCUCUCACAUAUCAUACAUGUUCCGCUUGCCAUUUGCGGCCGGUGCCGUCUUCAGUGCCUCCAUGUUGGAUACUCUACUCUAUCAGGCCUUUGUCAAGGAUUAUGUUAUAACAUUUGUGAGACUAUUGCUGGGCAUUGAUCAAGCGCCGGGUAGUGGUUUCUUGACUUCGAUGCGCAUUACCAAAGAGGACAUGUGGAUACGCACCUAUGGCCGUUUAUAUCAAAAACUUUGUUCGACCACCUGCGAAAUACCCAUUGGCAUCUAUCGUACUCAGGAUACUUCCAAUACGGAAGCAACACAUGUGAGUAAUUCACCUGUAGACAAAUGGGGACCAUUUUCAGCUUUCGGAAAGCACUGUGUGCGCUUGCGGCCAUCGUCGUCUAUGUUUUUUCAGUACUCCAUUAAUUUGGCCGAUGAGGCACGCGAUAAUCAUGCCCAGCAAAUCGAAAGAGCGGAAAUCGCCAACUUGGUGCGCAGUCGCAUGGAAUCAUUGAAUUUACCCACCAUUGAUUAUGAUGAUGUGAGCGAAAAGCGCAACCAUCUCUCGUAUGUGAUAAUCAAUCCGAGCUGUGAUCUUAAAUUAGAAGAAGGCGAUGUAAUAUAUUUAGUACGUCCUUCACCCUUCUCAGCACAGAAAACCUUUGAACGUCAUAACUCACGACGCAAAUCAAACAUAUCAUUUUGUUCGAACAUCAAUAUGGGCGCUGCCUGCGGCUCCAAUGUCGGUCCGGUGGGUGUGGGCGGCAACACUGGCGCCGGUUCGAGACGCGGUUCGGGCAUGGGCAUGGCUGGCCUCAAUCCCAUGCAAAUGCAAAGUGUCCAGACAUUGGCCGGGUAUGCUUCGCCACGCUGCACGCCGCCCAUACAACAAAUUAAAUCCAAUUCUCUUUCUCUACCCGACAGUCCUACGGUUGUUGGCUCACAGCGCGGACGGAGUAACUCAUUACGGAUUGAUAAUGAUAUUUUACUUCGUCGUUCAUCCUCGCUGCGUCAGGGUCUGCCCAAUGUGGGCAUCAAUACAGGCCGCAGAAAAUCAUCGUUGGAGGAAAUUGGCAUCAGUCACUUUACCACCUUGAUGCAGGCCACCAAUCACACCAAUCCCAUAAAAAUAGCCCUGAAUGGCAGCAUUGGCUUGGAGAAUCGCAUAUCAUUGCAGGUCACCCCACCGGAGGAGCCCACACCGAUUUUGGGAGUGCCCUGUGUGGUGCCCAGCGGCCAGGGCGGUGGCAUUAAUCCCUCAACAUUGGGCGGUGGCGGUGGUGGGUCCACGCUCAACAUCAACACAGCUGACUUGGCUGCCAGUUCGAAUUCCAAUAGCCCGCUGCAAGUGCCCCAGGAUCAGUCGCCAGGAUCUGGCGCUAUGCAAUCGCCGCAACACCUGCAGGGCACAAUUGUAUGAUACAACCUUAUGUGGGGUCGCAGACUCCGCUCUUCCAUAUCGAAGAAAAACAAAUGGAUUUAAUAUCGAACCAAAUAGGCUGCCUGCGAUCCGUUUCCAAUGGCGUUUGUAUUAUAGCGAAAUUCAAAAUCAACGAUGACUUCGAUGACGAUGACGAUAACGAUAUGUUUAUAUGCAAAGAAAAUGCAUAAAAAACAACAACAACAACAACAAAAAAAACACAAAAGAAAAUUCUUCAGUUCGUUUUGUAUUAGAAGUUAUGAUAAAGUUUUAUGUUUUUGUUUUUUGAAUAGUUAGUAGAGUUAUUUAUAUAUGCAACCGAUAAGAAUGAAAUCACUUUUCAUUUCUCAUAUCAUAUUGUACUGCUAAUAAAUAGAUACAAAUUCAUUUUUUUCACAUAUUUUGGUUUUUUAUUUUU